ACGGGACUCGUGUGGGAGUUACCACGGAACCAGACCGUGGAGGAGAGAGGAGAAUAGGACUUUAAACCCGGCAGUCCGCGGUCCUUUCUUUUUGUUGUUGUUUUGGGGAACUAACCGACGGAGGCACAGCAGGCCCAAACCCCAACAAAAUACACCUGCACACCGGUCUCCUCUCUGCCGGUGGCCUGUCUGCAUGACCAUAUUCAGACAGACGUCCCCGGUUUACCAGAUGGUGUUACACCUGCUCACAACUCCCCCCGUAGUCUGGUCGUUACGGUGCUGUUAGCCGAAUAGCUAGUUGGUAGCAAGCGUUAGCUCUCAUGCUAGCGUCCCCAUGUAUACCUAUAGAGUUAGCUGUUAGCCUACGUGCACUACUCAGCUAGCACGUAGCUCCUGACACAUUUUACAGCUAACAAGGUGACACGAGGUAUGUUUGGUGCUAACCGGAAGAAGUUUAUGGAGGGAGGGGUAGAGAGCGACUACGCGGACGACUCCAGCCUCUACUACACCCAACAGUCCAUGUUCCCUCCUCACCGCCCUGACAAAGAUAUGCUGGCGUCUUCCUCUGCUUCCUCAACGGGUCAACUGUCACAGCUAGGAGCCAGUUUAUAUGGCCCACAGAGUGCUUUGGGGUUUCCCAUGCGUGGUAUGAACAGCAGCGCAGCUCCUCAGUUAAGUCGAAGUGGGUUGAACCAGUCUGCCAGUCAGCUCCCGAGUCAUGCCAGUGCACCCAACACUGGCACGAUGCACACGCCUUCCUCACCGAGCAGGGGUAUCCUGCCGAUGAGCACCCGCAGCGUGCUGAACCACAACCAGCAGGUGGGGGGUCCGACGGGGCAGUCGGGUGGGAUGGGAGGCGUUGGGGUGGAGAGGGGAGGUGGCGUCGGAGGAGGGAGGAGCAGCAGCAUGGGGAGUCCCAGCCGGUCGUCACCCAGCAUCAUCGGCAUGCCCAAACAGCAGCAAGCACGGCAGCCUUUCACCAUCAACAGUAUGUCGGGGUUUGGUGUGAACAGGAAUCCAGGCUACAACAUGAACAACUCCCUAUCCAACAACAUCUUCAAUGGCACAGACGGCAGUGAGAAUGUGACGGGGUUGGACCUGUCAGACUUCCCAGCGUUAGCAGACAGGAGUCGGAGGGAUGGAGGCUCAAAUCCAACCCCACUGCUCAACCCGCUGGCCGGUCGGGCUCCUUACGUUGGCAUGGUAACCAAGCCGUCCAGUGAGCAGUCGCAGGACUUCUCCAUCCAUAACGAAGAUUUCCCAGCUCUCCCUGGGCCAAACUACCAAACAAAAGACCCCACCAGCACCAACGAAGACAGCAAAACGAAUCUGAACUCAUCGGGAAAGCCCACCUCUAACUCAGAUGGUCCAAAGUUCCCCGGCGACAAGAGCUCUGCGCCUAGCAACAACAACCAGCAGAAGAAAGGGAUUCAGGUGCUUCCCGACGGGCGUGUGACCAACAUCCCGAUCGGCAUGGUAACGGACCAGUUUGGGAUGAUCGGGUUGCUAACGUUCAUCCGGGCGGCAGAGACGGACCCCGGCAUGGUCCACCUGGCGCUGGGCUCUGACCUCACCACACUCGGCCUCAACCUCAACUCACCUGAGAAUCUCUAUCCUAAAUUUGCGUCUCCCUGGGCGUCGGCUCCGUGUCGACCGCAGGACAUAGACUUCCACGUCCCCUCAGAGUAUUUAACCAACAUCCACAUAAGGGACAAGUUAGCAGCUAUCAAGUUGUCUCGGUAUGGUGAAGACCUGCUGUUUUAUCUCUACUAUAUGAACGGAGGAGACCUACUACAACUCCUGGCUGCAGUAGAACUGUUUAACAGGGACUGGAGGUACCAUAAAGAGGAGCGGGUUUGGAUCACCCGGGCUCCGGGUAUGGAGCCCACGCUGAAGACCAACGCCUACGAGAGAGGGACCUACUACUUCUUCGACUGCCUCAACUGGAGGAAAGUGGCAAAGGAGUUUCAUCUGGAGUAUGACAAACUAGAAGAGCGACCUCACGUUCCCUCCACAUUCAACUACAAUCCUGCCCAGCAGGCCUUCUGAUUGGCUCUACCUCCUCCUGCCUGCCUGCCAUUGGCCCUCCUGGCUCAUCAAUCAUCACCUUCUAGGUUUUUCCACCUCCACACACUCAAAUCUGGCCAAUAAGGACCGGGGACGGGAGACGACGUCCUGGCUCUCCCAAACAAAUCUCUGAAUAGACUUUAUGAUUUUAACUUUUCUGUUUGUUCUUUACCUCAUUUUCUGUUUAUUUUGUUUAUUUUAUUUCCCGCCCCUCCUCCAUGACAGACGUAAAGUCAGCAGACAGCACAGUACAACACACAGCGACGCCAAAUAACCGUCCAUCUGAUCGGUGAUUUCUAUUCACUCUUAUUGAUUGACUAUUUUUGUCUAGAGAAGCUUUUAAGAAGAACCAGAUUUUAAACACAGAAUUAAAUCACCCGUCAGGUGGAUCAUUAUUUCACACUGUGUCUCACCUCUCUGAUCUUUGGCAGGAAAAUAUUUAUCUUCAUAUUUUACCAGGGUUUUUCAGCAGCAUUACAAAUCAAACACACACACACAUACAAACAUCAGCAGACAGCGGAGUCAGGAGAGGAAAUGCAAUGUACAUUGUAGCACUAUUUCAUAAUAAAAGAAGAAAAAAUAUUUUUUUUGGUUUGUUGAUGUUAUGUGGCGACACGUGGUUUAAUUUUAAAGCUUCUUUUUUUUACUUAAUGAGGUGAAGUUUAGCACUUUUCACAUUGACGCAGCUCCUUCCCAGUUUUCACCAUUAUUCUUUAUUAUCGUUCUGUUUUUAUUCCGACAUUACAGCUCCCUUCCUCCCUCUGCCAGCGGAGAUCCCCGUUUCUUCACCUUUCAAUAUUUUAAUUCCUCU